AUGGCGUCUUCGGGAGAGUUCCAGGUACCCAUUGAUGGCUGGUUCAUGGGCCGGGUUAAGUCAUAUCAGCCAGGGACUGGCUAUGGCUUCAUCGAGUGCGAGGAGACGUACAGGUACUUUCGUCGUGAUGUUUACUUGAGCAGGCAUCAGCUGGAGCAACUAGACAUCAGGACAGUUCCCAUGGGCACAGAUAUCCUCUUUAGGGUAGUCGUGCCGGAUGGCAAGCCACAAGCUUGUGACCUAGCAUUUCCAGGCGCAGGCAAGGGUCCGAGGACGGACGUUGAGCCUACUAUGAAGCAGUGCGAGCAUGGCUUAAAUGGCUUUAAGAACUGCUUGCAGACUCUUGCCAUGUCCUUAGAGCUGCACGGCCUCAGCGAUGAAUCCUUCAAGGCGUUGAGAGAAGCAGAUGCAGCACUGCGUUGCGUGCAGUGUCGAAGAGACGAGCGGACAGAAGGUUCGAAGAUCCUGCUUCUUCUAGAGCAGGCCAAAGAGAAGUGGGGCGACAAAGACAACUUAUGCCACCACGCCCUCCGCAACGGCUUGGCGCAGCGGCUCAGUGCGCCUCCUGUGCGGCCAGUCGAGAUGCCCAUCUCAAGGUUAAGAUUCACACAGAACACUCACAGCAAGCGGUUCCUGCAUGGCCCCCAUGCAGGCAAACGAAUUGAGUGGUUGACAGAGCAACUUCUCACCGGGUCCGUCGCGCUGGAUGAUCCAUCUAUGGUGCUGCACGUCGUGUACUACCAUGGCCACUACAGGUCACUGAAUAACCGGCAUCUGACGGCCAUUGUCAAGUAUGCUGAGGAAAUGGAAAUGCGAAAGUUGCUGCCCAGGCAAUGCCGUGUCCGUGUGUGGCCACUGGUUCGUGGCCUCCGAAUGGAGUUUGAUGAUGGCUCCGAACAAGACGUCAUCCGGAAGUUUCUCCGUGCUAGCGACACUUCAAGCGAUGGUGCCAGCAUCGAGUGCAAGCAACGGGCCGGAUGGCAAACCUCUGUGAAUCAAGAGGUGAAAGUUUCGCGUCGGCCAGAUGGACGUUCCAAUUGCCAUGGCUGGGUCACUUUUCAGCAGCCGCAGCACGCAGAGAGUUUGCUGCAGUUGGCUGGGGAUUUGGCACUUUUACGAGGCAGGGAACUCAAGCUGCGCUGGGACAACGUAUCGGUGGCAAUGCAGCCGAAGGGGAGUGUCUGGGUGCGAUGCAAGAGCUGCCACGGAAGGUGCUCACCUCUUCUUGAUGUGCUCUUGUUGGAAGGUGAGCGGCUUCGAAAGGACAUGGUGCCCGCCGGCAAGUUUGACAAUGCACCAACAUUCUUCUGCGUUGGACGGGAGGCUUCGCUCUGCGAGUUUUGUGAUGUGAUUUCGCCACACCCAGAUGCCGCAGAGAUGUCGUUCAAGCUCUCUCUGAUCAGAUGCAAGACAUGUCACCAGGAUCUGGGCAACAUCCAGAAAGCAUCCCGCAUGCAGGGGAACGUUCAAGAGCUGCUGGGUGAGCGGGUCGUCCAUUUCAAAUGUGCAUCCGUUCUCUUGGAGCUAUCCGAUCGUCGAGACUUGUUGCUGGAGGUCCGCAAGUGGCAGUACCUUGCGCAGGCCACAGGCAGGGAAUCCAUUUACCGACUGGCUCAGCUCACGCUCCAGGAGGCCAUUGACAUCUUGGGCCUCAGUCUCAACUCCAAGGUUUCAGCAAGGAACACCAGCCGCCAUGCGCGUAUCAUCCCUAACAAGUUUGGUGACAGGGAAGGCCUCUGA